GGGAUGGGCAGUAAAGAGCUGGCUUCACCCACUGGUCAGGAGUCCUCUCCUCAGGCUGUCCCCAGAAGCUGGGACCGCAAAGGCGUCCACCAUGAUGGCACCGAGACCCCUGGUCAUCUUGCUGCUGCUUCCCAGCCUCACCCUGCUGGUAUCUCACCUCUCCAGCUCCCAGGAUGUCUCCAGUGAGUCCAGCGGUGAGCAGCAGCUGUGCGGCCUGAAGGAGCACCCUACCGUGGCCUUUGAAGAUCUGAAGCCGUGGGUCUCUAACUUCACCUUCCCUGGAGCCCGAGAUUUCUCCCAGCUCGCUCUGGAUCCCUCCAGGAACCAGCUCAUCGUGGGAGCCAGGAACUACCUCUUCAGACUCAGCCUUGCCAAUGUCUCCCUCCUUCAGGCCACCGAGUGGGCCUCCAACGAGGACACACGCCGCUCUUGCCAAAGCAAGGGGAAGACGGAGGAGGAGUGUCAGAACUACGUGCGAGUCCUGAUUGUCGCCGGCCGGAAGGUGUUCAUGUGUGGCACCAAUGCCUUUUCCCCUGUGUGCUCCAGCAGACAGGUGGGGAACCUCAGCCGGACUAUCGAGAAGAUCAAUGGUGUGGCCCGCUGUCCCUACGACCCACGCCACAACUCCACGGCUGUCAUCUCCUCCCAGGGGGAGCUUUACGCAGCCACAGUCAUCGACUUCUCAGGCCGGGACCCGGCCAUCUAUCGCAGCCUGGGCAAUGGGCCACCACUUCGCACAGCCCAGUAUAACUCCAAGUGGCUCAAUGAGCCAAACUUUGUGGCAGCCUAUGACAUUGGGCUGUUUGCAUACUUCUUCCUGCGGGAGAACGCGGUGGAGCAUGACUGUGGGCGCACCGUGUACUCUCGGGUGGCCCGCGUGUGCAAGAAUGACGUGGGGGGCCGCUUCCUGCUGGAGGACACCUGGACCACAUUCAUGAAGGCACGGCUCAAUUGCUCCCGCCCGGGCGAGGUCCCCUUCUACUACAAUGAGCUGCAGAGUGCCUUCCACCUGCCAGAGCAGGACCUCAUCUACGGGGUCUUCACCACCAACGUAAACAGCAUCGCCGCUUCUGCUGUCUGCGCCUUCAACCUCAGUGCCAUCUCCCAGGCUUUCAAUGGCCCAUUUCGUUACCAAGAGAAUCCCAGGGCUGCCUGGCUCCCCAUUGCCAACCCCAUCCCCAAUUUCCAGUGUGGCACCCUGCCAGAGACGGGCCCCAAUGAGAACCUCACAGAGCGCAGCCUACAGGAUGCCCAGCGCCUGUUCCUGAUGAGUGAGGCCGUGCAGCCAGUGACACCUGAGCCCUGUGUCACUCAAGACAGCGUGCGCUUCUCACACCUGGUGGUGGACCUCGUACAGGCCAAGGACACGCUCUACCAUGUGCUCUACAUCGGCACAGAGUCAGGCACCAUCCUGAAGGCGCUGUCCACUGUGAGCCGUGGCCUCCGUGGCUGUUAUCUGGAGGAGCUGCACGUGCUGCCUCCCGGGCGACAAGAGCCCCUGCGCAGCCUGCGAAUCCUGCACAGCGCCCGAGCGCUUUUUGUGGGGCUGAGCGACGGAGUCCUGCGGGUCCCUCUGGAGAGGUGCGCCGCCUACCGCAGUCAGGGGGCAUGCCUGGGGGCACGGGACCCAUACUGCGGCUGGGAUGGGAAGCAGCAACGUUGCAGCACACUGGAGGACAGUUCCAACAUGAGCCUCUGGACCCAGAACAUCACAGCCUGUCCUGUGCGGAAUGUGACACGGGAUGGGGGCUUUGGUCCAUGGUCACCAUGGCAACCAUGUGAGCAUUUAGAUGGAGACAACUCAGGCUCUUGCCAGUGCCGGGCCCGAUCCUGUGACUCCCCCCGGCCCCGCUGUGGGGGCCUCAGCUGCCUGGGUCCAGCCAUCCACAUCGCCAACUGUUCCAGGAAUGGGGCAUGGACCCCGUGGUCUUCAUGGGCACAGUGCAGCACAUCCUGUGGGAUCGGCUUCCAGGUCCGCCAGCGAAGUUGCAGCAACCCUGCACCCCGCCACGGGGGCCGCAUCUGCGUGGGCAAGGGCCGGGAGGAGCGGUUCUGCAAUGAAAACACCCCUUGCCCAGUGCCCAUCUUCUGGGCCUCCUGGGGCUCCUGGAGCAAGUGCAGCAACAACUGCGGGGGCGGUGUGCAGUCGCGUCGUCGGGCCUGCGAGAAUGGCAACUCCUGCCCAGGCUGUGGUGUGGAAUUCAAGACCUGCAACCCCGAGGGCUGUCCAGAAGUGCGGCGCAACACCCCGUGGACCCCUUGGCUGCCCGUGAACGUGACGCAGGGCGGGGCGCGGCAGGAGCAGCGCUUCCGCUUCACGUGCCGCGCUCCCCUGCCUGACCCCCACGGCCUGCAGCUUGGCAGGAGGAGGACUGAGACGAGGACCUGCCCAGCGGACGGCUCCGGAGCCUGCGACACCGACGCCCUGGUGGAGGAUCUCCUGCGCAGCGGGAGCACGUCCCCACACUCGCUGAGCGGGGGCUGGGCUGCCUGGGGCCCCUGGUCGUCCUGCUCCCGGGACUGCGAGCUGGGCUUUCGCGUCCGCAAGAGAACGUGCACCAACCCGGAGCCCCGCAAUGGAGGCCUGCCCUGCGUGGGCGACGCCGCUGAGUACCAGGACUGCAACCCGCAGGCUUGCCCAGUGCGGGGUGCCUGGUCCUGCUGGACCUCGUGGUCCCAAUGCUCAGCCUCCUGCGGUGGGGGGCACUAUCAGCGCACACGUUCCUGCACCAGCCCUGCUCCCUCUCCAGGUGAGGACAUCUGUCUCGGGCUGCACACGGAGGAGGCACUAUGUGCCACACAGGCCUGCCCAGAAGGCUGGUCACCAUGGUCUGAGUGGGGUAUAUGCACCGAAGAUGGAGCCCAAAGCCGAAGCCGGCACUGUGAGGAGCUUGUUCCAGGGCCCAAUGCCUGUGCUGGAAACAGCAGCCAGAGUCGCCCCUGUCCCUACAGCGAAAUUCCUGUAAUCCUGCCUGCCUCCAGUGUGGAGGAGGCCGCCAGCUGUGGAGGGUUCAGUCUUAUCCACCUGGUGGCCACCGGCGUUUCCUGCUUCCUGGGCUCUGGGCUCCUGACCUUGGCGGUGUACCUGUCUUGCCAGCACUGCCAGCGUCAGUCUCAGGAGUCCACACUCGUCCAUCCUGCCACCCCCAAUCACCUGCACUACAAGGGUGGGGGCACCCCCAAGAAUGAGAAAUACACUCCCAUGGAGUUCAAGACCCUGAACAAAAAUAACCUGAUCCCUGAUGACAGAGCCAACUUCUACCCACUACAGCAGACCAAUGUAUACACGACCACCUACUACCCCAGCCCGCUGAACAAGCCCAGCUUCCGGCCUGAGGCCUCACCUGGACAGCGGUGCUUCCCCAACAGCUGAUCCUACCAUCCUGGGACUUGGGCUCCUUGCCUUCCCAAGGCACAGAGAGGUGGAGAUGGGACCGUGGAGCCACUUUGGUUUUCUCCCUCUGCACUAGGCCAAGAACUUGUUGCCUGGCCUGUGGGGAUCCAAUCUGGCUUCAGAGAGCCCUGGCUGGCGGUGACCAUGGGGGAGAGGGCUGGCUUCAGGGCCGGCACAUGGCUGCAGAUCCAGCUUAGCCCAGGUCUCUCAUGGCCUCCUUGUGACCACCAUCAUGAUGACCCUCCCCUGCCAUGUUUGAGCUACAGACCUACUGGGCACGUGAGGAACUGAGAAGAGUGGAGAUGGCAGUGUCAGGAGGGCAGGCUGUUGGGUUGGGGUUGGGUUGGAAAUGACUUCCAGUGGCUGUCACAGCCAAGUCUGACCCUCUGUGGCUGGCCGGAAGAAAGGCCUUGUCUACAUUCAGAUUGUCUCUGAAAAGAACUUAUCAAAUGGCCCAGUAGCUCUGGAUCUCUGCCCAGUGCUGGACCAUUGUGGUGCUGCCCCAGUAUGACAUAGGGGACCAGUGCUGGCCCAGGUGGUCUGCCUUGGCCUAGCUAUUUGUAUUUCACCCAGGGAUAUUCCUCUGGUCAGAGGCAGUAAGAACUGGGAACCAGAGGCUGGUCUUUUCUGAGAAGCCCUUUAACCUGACCUAGUACAGGUCUCAGCCUUGCCCAGAAGAAACAAAAGGUGGCCUGGGAGGAAGGAAGGCUCAAUACCAUAAGAGGCAAAGUCUGGCCUUUGUGUCCCUAUAGAGAUCAUCUUCCAGUUGCUGCUAAGCAGAGUCGUUAGCUGAGACCUGCUUGGGAGUCUAUGCUGGCCCCUCAUCUCUUCAGGAACACACACACACACACACACACACACAAGCGCAUGUGCGCACACACAGUCACCAUCUGCUACAGCAACAGAAAGGAUGUUGGACUGUGGCAUUAUUAAUUAAAGAUGAUAUCCAGUCUCCAAA